GCUGAGCAAUAAAUAUGGGGGGAGUUGGCCAGGGAGGUGGGGCCGCUGCUUGGGGUCUGGCUGGGCGUCGGUCAGCAGGAGGUGAACAAUUGCAUUGGGCAUCACUUGCUUUGUACUUUUUUUUUAAUUAUGAAUUUUAUUAUUCUCCCUUCCCUUUCUGUCCUAUUAAACUGUCUUUAUCUCAACCCUUGAGUUUUUAUCUUCUUUUUUUUUCCCAAUUCUCUCCCCUAUCCCACUGCGGGGGGUGGAGGGCAGCGCAGUGAGUGAACAGCUCUGUGGGGUUUAGCUGCCUGCCCGCUUCCACCACGACGCCUUCCGAACCAGUGCCUGCUUUUGGAGUUCCUGAUUAGCGUAGUACCAACGUGUCUCUCAGCAGGGCACAAUUCUUUGCCUUUCAACCUCUCUUGCAACUUUGCCCUCCUCUGGGCCAGCGCAACAGAGGGCGAGUGUUGGAGGCCCCCAAGGUCCUUAGGGCCUGGAGGGGGGAUGCCUCAAGCUCCUUCCCAUGGCAACACGGCCACGUUUGGCUACAGGUGUGGGCCACCAUCACAAUGGCCAUCACAGCGGCCUGCUUAUGUCACAGCAGCCACCACCACCGCGCCUUUCCUUCUGGGGCCUAUAAAUACAGGAGCCUCGCAGCCGGCCCACCACUUGCGAGGCUUCGAGGCUUUCAAGCGCAAAGGAUGCUCGGAAGCAAGAGGAGCCAGAGCAGGAAGACGGGUGGCUGCCCAUCACUGAGUGCGGCAAUGAGGAGACUGGUGUUGUUCUCAGGCCCAAGGAGGAGGCUGCGUCGUAAGAAGAAGAAACGGAAUAGGAGGAGGAAGAUCAGCUUACUCACAAAAGCGAUGGCCAGCGUUCAUGUGACCAGCGGAACGCAGAGCGCGGCUGUGAAGCCAUCAGGGAGCAGUGCGAGGCCCCAGCAUCAACCAAAGCAGACCGGGACGACGAAUGGCUAUUCUGGCAAGACGGCGAUGGCCAGAGUCCAUGUGACCAGCGGAACGCAGAGCGCGGCUCUGAAGCCAGCAGCGACCAACGCGAGGCCCCAGCAUGUCGUUUGGACAAAGAAUGGUGUGGGACCACAGCCCGCCAGUCGUCCUGCCAACAACCAGGGACACAGGCAUGUCCAUCUGCCAGCCACCAGGGAGGAGCCCAUGGAGGUGGAUCCACCACGAGAUGAGCAAGAACCCAUGGAGGUGGAUCCACCACGAGAUGUGGAAGAACCCAUGGAAGUGGGUCCACCGCUGAGAGAAUAAGCAUGGAGCUACCCUGGCAUGUCUUUGGUGUCCACCGUCAGAGCCCGGCAAGAGCAUCGCAGGAGUGCCCGGACAGCUCCCUACGCACGGCGUAGCCUCCGCGCCCACCACUAACUUGGGCAGAACCACCAGACUGGAUGUCUUGCAGGCUUGCCUGUAAGACAUUGUGUAAAUAAAUAGUUCUUUUGAUAA